GGCAGCCGGCGAGGAGCGGGGUCCGGGAUGGCGCGCAGCGGGCGGGCGCUCGGCAGGGCGCUGACAGGGAGGCUCGCCGCCGCGCCGCAGCCCCGAGCGGCUGCUGUCAGGCACUUGGCUUCUUGUGGUAUUCUGAUGACCAGAAUUUCUCCUUUGCAAGUGCCUGUGCUAAGCCAUACCUUCUCAAGAAGCUUCUUCAACAUUGCUGCACCACUAGUAAAUAAAAGAAAAGAAUACUCUGAAAGAAGAAUUAUAGGUUAUUCUAUGCAGGAAAUGUAUGAAGUUGUUGCUGUUGUGGAGAACUACAAGCUAUUUGUGCCUUGGUGUAAAAAGUCAGAUGUAUUAUCGAAGCGCUCCGGGUACUGCAAAGCACAGCUAGAAAUAGGUUUCCCUCCUGUAGUAGAACGGUACACAUCGGUUGUUACCCUGGUGAGACCACACUUAGUUAAGGCAUCCUGCACUGAUGGAAAGCUAUUUAAUCACUUGGAAACAGUAUGGCGCUUCAGCCCAGGUAUCCCUGCCUAUCCAAGGACGUGUACCUUGGAUUUUGCAAUCUCUUUUGAAUUUCGUUCACUUCUACACUCGCAACUUGCUACACUGUUCUUUGAUGAAGUGGUAAAGCAGAUGGUUGCUGCCUUUGAAAGAAGAGCAUCCAAGCUGCACGGCCCUGAAACAAGCAUACCUCGGGAACUGAUGUUUCAUGAAGUUCAUCAAACGUAAUGGGGAAGACUUCACCACCCUCCACCAUAAACAUUUUUUUGUACACACCAUUUGUACAAGCGGUAUUAUGCUCCUUUUGGGGCACCUAUUUCAUAUCUGAGCUUUGUGUGUAAUUUUCUACUGUACAAAACACGCACAUGUUCAGCUGAACGUAUGUAUUCUAUUCAAGCUGCUAUCAAGUGCAAUUCAGAGUGUUAUUGGUAACAGGCAGUUGGCAUGUCUGUAACACAAGGUAGCUCAGGCUACUAUUUAUUAAUCUGUCAAACCAUUUCUGUAAUCAGUUUUUCUGCCUUAUCCAAGCUUAUGUCUUUUCAGCAUUGUAAUAUAUUAACUCAAGUUUUAGCUGUUAGUAGUGUGAAUAUUACUUACCAGCAUCAACCCACUCAACUCUGGAAAAAUUCUGACAUUUUAGCUUUAGGAAGUAUAGAACACUUGUCCAGCAUCAACUGUUUGGUGCUUUUGAUCCCACUGGCUGACAGGGGCUGUCAGGUGCCUCCAGCUGCUGUUGAAUUCUGACCAGAAACUGCUAUUAAAAAAAAAAAAAAAGCAGAGAGGCACAUGUAACAGAAAGUACAGCAGUUUCAGCUGUAUCUGCUAUCUUAGCUCGCUGGGCUUCAGGCAGUGUUGUGUUUGAUAAUCUGAACUCGCCUACUUGCCACUGUUUCACUGUUAGGCGUUGUAAUUAGGUUAUACUAUAUAUACCUGGUCUAAUGCAAACAGAGUUCUCAGUUCUAAAGAGUAAAUGUUAUUUCAGUGAGAGCUAGGGCAUGGAUACACUCCCUUCUGUGCUGCAGUAUUGUCCUUUAGAAGGAGGGAAUGGGCUGUCCUCCCCUUAGCAGUGCAAAGGCACCCAAAGCCAACUGUCAUUUAAUGACACAACAUAGAGCAAGACUUCACUUUAUCUCAGUACUGUUGUGCCUUUUAUCAGUACAGUGAAGCGGUACCAGCUAUCUUGAUUGAACUCAUUUUCACUAAUUAUCUUCAUUACAUCAAUACUCUUCCCAGUCUCUAAAGAAAUGUGUAUAGGUUAGAACAACUUCAUAUCCUGUUCAUGCACUUUCUCAAAUUACAGAGUUAAGUGACUGAAACUAGAUAAAGUUUCAGGUCAAGCACAUAUCCCAGCUGAGGUCAGUCAGCACAUCCAAAGCCUCUGCAAUCCACGUGAUUACUAUAGAAUAGGUGGCAAGAUAUCACAUAACGUAGGAACAUACAUAUCAGGACAAAGGACAGCCCUGGAGCAGUCUUGGGCAUCUUAUAAUACUUCACCAGAAAGACUAAAACUUCAUGCCUCUGAAAGGUAAGUUCUUACUAGUGGUAGGCAGCUGGGCAAAGUGACAGCUGGAUUAAGAGGUCAGUUUUAAAGCACCUGGGCAGUUGUAAAGGAAUUUUUGUUUUGAAACAAUUUAAGAAAAAAUGAAGGGUUCGUGAACACCAUCACUCUUGGAAGUAUUUGGAAAAUGGGAGGUGGAAAGCAGAAAGGAAAGACGUUAAACAGCAGUGUUACUAGCUGUGUUGGGUAAAGAAAAAAGGAGCAGGUGGCAUACAAAGCUGGCUUUAAGGGCAAACUUCACCUAGCAUGGACAACGUAACAUCCAAAGAGCUGAAGACCACAACUCUGAAGCCAAGGAGGCAACUACAUACUACACUUGAGCAGGAGUACUAUUUGAGUUACUCAACUCUUUGCAAAGAAAACUUACCUGUUUCAUACCCUCAGGGCAUUCUCCCUCCUCCCACAGCACUGUGAGAAGUUGUCUGUUCCAGCAUGUAAAACAAGCAGUAUGGAAAAGGCAAAAUAAAGUCAAUGCACGUGCCUUAUUUUCAUAGCAUUGUUUAAUAUUUCAAAAGAACUGUUUGUCAGUUCAGCUUAGAUAUUUCUUACCAGAGUUAAUGUAACUUCUAUUUCAGAGAAACAUUCUAGACAGGGGAAUGCUUCCUGGAGAGAAAUGCCCUGUAGGCUUAAGUGUCAGAUUUCUAGUAAAUCUCAGAAGUGGGCUAUCAAGUUUAUCCCAGAACUAUGGCUUUGGGUACACAGGAAUAAGGUGAUACAUAUCAAUACUCUUGCGCAGUUUGUUUUAUUACAUGAAGGUCACAUAAGAGUGUAUUUGUCUACUUUGUACACAGUUGUCUAGUCUUACGCACAGUGGCUUCCAAGUUCUUCCUAGUUCUGGCAAGCACCAAUAAAUUCUGAAACAGAAUGUCAAGUGCUUUAAGUUUAAAUCAGAACCUUGGUAGAUGGAUCUUGCACUCAGUUAUCAGGAAUGUACAAAUGUCUUUAUUCAAAAAAUACAAAAUAAAUUAUCUGUAGGCAUGGA